AUGCCGCGAGUUAAAAGUGUUAGGUCGCUGUCGAAAAUCUGCGUUGAUUUUAUAUUGGACAAUGAAAAUUACUUUCAUAAAAAAGUCGGUAUGGGCUCACCAGAUUUAGAGGAAAACACGAGCAGUCCGUUAGAGCAUUUGCCCACAGUUGUGUUGGAAGAACUAGCCAAAGAAUUCAGAGAAAAGAAAUUAAACAAAUACUCUUUCAGCAUUAACAAAGUAGAAUUUGUCGAGCUUAUGAUAACUCCGCACCUACGAACAUUGGAUCUUAAAUGUUGGAGAGGAAAUAUCAAUGUGCUCCGAUUAGCUGGAUCAAAGAUUCCGGACUUGAAGACGUUAGUGCUUGGUUAUUCCAGUGAUAGCAAAUACUAUGGAGAAUUUUUGAAUUGCAUUCCAAAGUUUUCAAAGCUUCAAUUUUUGGAGCUGUCACUUUCUGGAGCUGGAGACGAUUGCUUGAAGCUUCUUGGAACCUACUGCACAGAAUUGAGAAAACUAUAUGCCGGAUACAGCGAUGUGUCAGAUGAUGGAAUUCGGGGGUUGUGCGUCGUUGGAAAUUGCAAAUCCAUCUGUGCACUAGUUCUGGAGGGAUCAAAAGUAACAACUAAAGGGAUUCAAUUGGCACUUUCAAAUUUACCCGAGUUACAGGUAUUGUAUCACACAUCCCUUCUCGAAUGUCUCGCAGAAAUAGCUCAAAAAGCUGUAGAUGAAAAGCGGCUGAACAUGCCCAAAUAUUCAUUGUCAUCACUAUACAUCCUCGAAAACACCAUCUAUAAAAAUCAAAGUCUAGAACUAUCUGUCCUUCUGUGUCCUAACAUAACAAAGGUUCACAUUAUAUGGCGAGAAGGAAGAUUGACUGACGCUGAUAUUCUGAGCCUACGUUCACUUGAGAAUCUAAACACUCUUGAAAUCAAACACAACGCAUUCCUUCCAGGUCUUACAUUCGAUGGAGGUGUUGCUCCUCUUCUCCAGACUGUUGGAACUACACUGAAGAAAUUGAAUCUAAAAGGAUUCUUUAAUGAUGUAGAUAUUCAGGCCAUCAUAGAGUCUUGUCCUAACUUGCAAUCUCUGACUGUUUCAGUCCAACGAUUAAAGACGACCUGGUCGAAAAGCGAAGAAAUGCCAACAAGAAAUCCUGCGAGUGAUCAACUCGCGUUCCUGGAUCUGUACGGAUCGGUAACUACCGAAAAUCUAGUCGCCCUUUUGUCCUCACCUUCACUUGCCCAUGUUCGUUUAUCGAAUUGUCCUUCUCUUACUGAUGAAAUCCUUCAUGGAGCAGCCAACCAACACUCUUUCCGAAAUCUCGAGUACUUUAAAUUAUAUCACUGUCCAUCAGUUUCUAAAAAAGGGAUUGAUAUUCUAUUUCGAGACACAAAUCCCCUAAAAGAAAUCCAUUUAGCUUGGUGUGAAAGAAUCAAACACAAAGAUUGGAUCACUUGGAAGGAAUUACUGGAUAAGCACAAUUGGGAUUUGUUAUUGUCGCAUCAGUUAUUUUAG